UUUUUUCUUUUCUUUUCAUUUUAGUCUAAGUUAGCUACAUUUUAUCUUUCAGCUAAGAGCAGAUUUAAUGAUAUCUUUAGUUUAAGCUGUUUCUCAUUUAUGGUUGUGUAAUAACCUAUUCUGGCAUUUUGUUACUUUUAUUUAUGUGUUUAUUGUAUUGUACAGUAGUACUUCCUUUCUUUGUUUAACAGUGUACUUUUUGCAGGGCCAGUCGUGUAUAAAUUAUUACAACAGCAGACACUGAUAUCAGAAGGAAACACUUUUAUAGGACGUAUUACUACAGCCAACGAUACAAGCAGCGUUAACAUAUGGAAUAAUUCAAGUGAGUGCCAAUAAAUAAUAAAAUAUAAUUUAUGUACCAGCGCAGCCAAACCAUCGUGCAGAGAUAUUAGGAUGUUAAAUUAAAAACACGUACUGGCAUGCCGAGAAAAUGUUAAGUUGUAUCCCGGUCAGACAACAGCUUUUUCAGAAACACAUGAGUCGAACGGAGGAGGAAGUUUCAGAAGAGUUCCAGCUGUCAUGGAGGAAGUUUAAUGGCUGGGACUCAAAAGUCUGCGGAUCGCCUUAACCACAGGAUUCAACUUUUAUGUGGCUGAACCCAGAUGCUGCUCCACAUCCGUCAUUAUAUUUACUAAAGAGUUUGAUCGAACUUCUGACGUCCUCUCAAAAACGCGGGCGUUCCCUACGUGAGCCGUUCUUGGCCCUGAUUGGUGGAUUUGGCCCCUGCACCUGCGCCGCUGCUGCUGUUGGUGAGUGAGUCUGUUACUGAGUCAGAGGAGGAACACGAGGUGACACUACACUGAGGAUUUAACAAAUAUAUUCUAUAAAGAGGAAGGUUGCUUCUUGUCAGAUCUGAUUGGCUGUAAGUGGGGAGCCUUCCGUCCAUCAUCCUGGGAUUGGAUAUACAAAUGGAGGAAGUGUUGAUUCUAAAAUCUGAGACAAGUUCUAAUGGCUCUCCUCAAGACUCGGACCUCCAAGAAUCUCUCGCUCUGCCUCCCAGUAUGUGUGUUAUUGCUGCUGCUGCACCUCCUCUUCUUCCACCACCACCACCACCACCACCACCACCACCUCCUCCUCCACCACCUCCACCACCGCCUCCUCCUCUGAACCCUUCUUUCAGCUCCCGGAAUGCCCAUCGGAAAUCCAUGAAAAAGCUGAACUGGGACACUCUGCCCAGUCAGCGUGUUCUGGGCACACUGAACGUCUGGACCUCUAAUCGGCCUCAGAGGGACCUGGUUCUGGACAUUCGAAGCAUGGAGGAGUUGUUCAGUCACAUAGACAAGCGGGCCUCCCUACGUAACCCGGGGAUCAUGGGGGUGAGGAAGAGCGCCGGCAUGGAGCUCCUUCUACAGGAGCCACAGGUCACAAUCCUGGACUCUAAGAAGAGUAUGAAUGUUGGAAUUUUCCUCAGACAUUUCAAAAGACCAGUGACUGAAAUGGUCCAGGACAUCCAUCAAGGAAACUGGCUCAGAUUUGGAGCAGGAAAACUGAAAGAACUCUGCAAACUGCUGCCGGAAAAAAAUGAGGUGAAGCAGCUGCUGUCCUUCACUGGGAACCUGUCAGCGUUACCAGAAGCUGACCAGUUCAUGGUGCAGCUGGUCAAGGUACCAGGCUACGUGGAACGUCUGAAGAUGAUGCUGUUAAGGGAGGAAUUCUUUCCUCUCGUGGAGGAGGUAAAGAACUCUGUUUCUGUCAUGACCAAAGCAGCUAAUGAGCUGUUGGACUGUGACGACCUCCACUCAGUCAUCAGGCUGGUUCUCAAGGCUGGGAAUUACAUGAACGCUGGUGGUUACAGCGCCAAUGCCAUUGGCUUCAGGAUGAGCUCUCUGCUCAAUUUGGCCGACACCAAGGCCAACAAGCCCGGCAUGAACCUCAUGCACUACGUGGCCAAGCAAGCAGAGGACAUCGAUGCUGAGCUGCUGACCUUCCACAGCCAGCUGGAGAACAUCGGCAUGGCGUCAAGAGUUUGUAAAGAUGAGGUGGUGGCAGACUUUGACAGAGAGGUGAAGAAGAUGAAGGAAGUGAAGCUGUACAGCAGCAGACACCCCGACCUCCUGCAGCAGAUGGAGUCAUUUCUCAUGAGAGCCAACGCCAAAGUGGCCGACGUGGAAUCUUCUCUCCACCAGCUGAACUCUCUGAGUGAUGCUGUGGCCGAGUACUUCUGUGAAGAUCCAACCACCUUCAAACUGGAGGAGUGCUGCUCCAUCUUCCACUCCUUCUGCAAGCGCUUUGACAAAGCAGUGCAGGAGAACCGAGAAAGAGAGGAGGCAGAGAAGAGGCGCAAGCGAAAGGAGAGCAUGCGUUUUGCAGCCAAACGACGAUCCACAAUGUGCAGCUCAGAACCCGAGCCGGUCCAGGACUCGUCCGGCCUGGAGUCGGCCUUGCACAGUUUUCUGUCCACUGUUCCACAAGGUUUAUCCAGAUGUAGGAGGAACAUCCUGCCCCCCAUCGAAGGAUCGCCCUCCAGCCAGGAUUCUCAGACUCCUUCAUCAGCAGAAAAAAAAGAGACUUCUACCAAACGUCACAGUCCUGAAGUCAAGUCGCCCAAAAUGCUGAAGGAGAUCGAGCGAGAAGAAGGAUCAGAAAACCAAGAGGAAGCUGAAAAGAUGCGAGAGGUUACACGGAAAGUUCUAAAAUACCAAAACAGCAAAAGCAGCCUGGACGAAGAGACACUUCCAGGGACACCUUGUCGGUUGCCCGUUGUGCAGAACACUCCCAGUACUCCUUGUACUCCGCGACCAAGAACCAGAGACUUCUUCUUUGCCAACAAUGGAGAUUUGGGUUCCCCGUGGACCAUCCUGAGCCCUUUCACUUCUGACCAAAGAAUCAUGAGACCCGCUCACAGGCGUAGGGGGUCGCUGCCCUCUGGUGAGGAGGAUGAUGCAGUCUGGCAGACGGUUGAAGCAGGAACAAAGCCUCCAUCUGGGAGUUCUGGUUCUGUUCCAGAGUCCACUCACCAUAGACCUGUGUCCCAGGGUCCUGUUGUAAGGUCUGUCUCCGUGGAUGAAUCAAGACUUUCACCGUUGGCUCGGUUCAGGCUGGGAGAACUGUUCCAAAGGUCGUACUCCUCUGGUUCCAAGACAGAGACUGUAGAAGGAGAGGAGGUUUCGCUGCUUCGCAGUAAAACCAGGAGUCAGGUAGAAGGUCCAGGAAGUGGCUCUGGACUCGUGUCCUUCUUCAGACGAAUCGGAGGCAAAAACAAACCCAGUGAUGUGGAAGAACAGCCACUGACUGGAUGUAAAACUUAACCAACGUCAAGCUCUUAGUCUUAUUUUUUUUAAAAUUCUGUCUUAUUUGUGUUUUUCUCCACUGUCAUGGUUUUCCCCUUCAGUGGAACCAAGGCAACCAGAGACUUGCUUUGAACUGUAGCAGCUUAAAGUUUUAGAAGUCGACCCACGUUCAAAAACUGUAACGUGUCCUGUCACUUCUGUCUAUUUUUUGUGUCCAAUAAAGGUUGAGUUUUUCAA